GACACAUCGACACCUCCCGACCCUUGCUUCCAGCACGCGACAACGCCCCCCUCGACCGACUCGCGCCACCACGAUGAGACUCUCGACGAUCGCCGCGGGCGUCAUUGCCUGCAUGGUCACCGAUGUCGCGGCCACGGCGCUCACGUACAAGCUGACGGCCAACGAGAAGGCCUGCUUCUACACGGACACCAAAAAGGACAACGAGAAGAUCGCCUUCUACUUUGCUGUCCAAUCGGGUGGCUCUUUUGAUGUCGACUACAUCGUCGAGGGCCCUGGCGGCAAGGUCAUUCUCGAGGGCGAAAAGGAGCGAAGUGGUGACUUUGUCUUCACGGCGAAGCAGGCCGGCGAGUACUCGUUUUGCUUCGACAAUGAGAUGAGCACCUUUGCCGAGAAAUACGUCGACUUUGACAUUUCGGUCGAGAACGAGUCGCGCACCGCGCAGAUCCCGUCGAAGCAGGGCACGUCACCAGAGCAGACAUCGGUGCUCGAGGAGUCCAUCUUCAAGAUCUCCACCCAGCUGUCGACCAUUUCGCGAAGCCAAAAGUACUUCCGCACGCGCGAGAACCGCAACUUCAGCACCGUCAACAGCACGGAGAAGCGCAUUGUCAACUUUAGCAUGAUCCAGAUUGCCCUGAUUAUCUGCAUGGGAGCACUGCAGGUGUUUGUAGUCCGGUUCUUCUUCCAGGGCGCGCGCAAGGGUUACGUUUGAGCAUGUUUUCGUCGGCGGUUGGACAUUAUGAGGCGCAUGUUGAUACAUAAAAAGAGGGCACAGGGUUAUGGCAUGUGUAAUAUCCGGAGCGCGAUGGACUAUGGGAUGGCCAUGGCUGGCCUUAUGUGAUGAAUCGACGAGAGCUGGACAUGGCCCUGGCGUCGGCGGUCAAUGUAAUACGGCCUUUGUUGGUAGCUUAGCCCUGACAUUGAUAUUAAAGCCAGACUUCAUAUUU